AUGGCUCUGUUCGUGCGCAUCGUACUGGCUCUGGCAUCGGCGGCCUCUGUGACGCAGGCCUUUUCUCUGGGGUACGAACAACGCCAGGCGUUCAAGACAUGGCGGGAGCAUCAGAUUAAUCAGCAACUUUCUUCUAAUCGUUUGGCCUCCCGUCAACAGACCAAUACCUGCGUGAGCGCCAGUCCUACAGAAGGAUUAACUGAGAGGCUCAAUGACCUUUUAAAGAACGGGGGACCAAAUUAUGUUCUUUCCCUAUGUCCCAACACAACUUACGACAUCACUGCACCCUUGGAAUUUGCGAACAAGUAUCAAGAAAUUAGUACGCUUGGGUAUCCUAUUGACGAUCAACGUGCCGUGUUACGAGUUAAUGGCUCAAGGGCCGACGAGGGUGGACAUACCGUCGCGAUUGGCGGUGGGUGCGACCAGUGCGAAGGGAUCCAAAUACGGAACAUCCAGAUUGACGGCAAUCGACAGGGUGCUGCACCUAUCUCCGGCGGCGCAAACAUCGAGAUUGGUGGCGGGGCCGGUGGACAACUCGUUGAGUUUGUCAAAUCCUACGAUCCCCGUGGGUGGUCUUGUCUCCACGUUGCCGAGGGUGUUCUCAACUGUUCCAAUUCGACUGUUCGGUACAACGAUAUUGGGCCAUGUGGCUCAGAUACCUUUGGGCACUGGGCCGACGGGAUAAGCUUGGCAUGCAAGGAUAGUGCGGUGUAUGAGAACUGGAUCAAAGACCCAACUGAUGGAGGGAUUGUUAUCUUCCAAUCGCCAGGCAGUCUUAUCGAGAACAAUACGAUAUGGAUCGAGAACAACACUUGCUUGGGAGGCAUAAAUUUGGUAGACUACGACCCAUUCGCGGGCAAUUACACUGGCGUUAUGGUUCGAAAUAACACUGUCGUUGGGGGUUAUGCAGACACAGCGCCAACCGCCAAUACCCAGUUUGCGAACAACACCGAGAACGCAAUCAUCAAGAUCGGUCUGGCAGUGGGUCUGAGAGUCUGGUUCGGAACAAAAUGGGGGGAUGCUACCGCAUUUGGAGCCUCGGUUAUUGGGAACAAGAUAUCGGGAGCAUUUGGCUUCGGCAUGGCCGUCUCUGGAGUCAAUAACUUUACCAUCUUGAACAAUUCGAUUGCCGGUAACACUUCAUUUAUCGGUGCCAAAGGACCUAACUGCACCACGGACGACAUUGUUCCACCAGCUGUAGACUUUGUAGUAGACCCUAAUACUUUUGUUUCUUCAAAGAUUGGAGGGACGGUUUUCAAGGCCCACGGAAUUACAGCUUUGCUAUGUGUUACUCCACCCCGUGGAGGAGGAAACGUUUGGCCGUUGGGAACAUGGCCCAGCUCCUCUUCUCUCGCCAAUCAAACAGUUAGUACUCCGUCUACAGAAACUCCUGCUAGCUCUUGGUGCCUCCAGGGUGAAGAUAAGAGGACCUGUCUCGUUCGAUUUGCAAAGGACCUCUUGGGGAUUGCAAUUGUGUUCGCAAAGCAGAAGUAG